AUGUCCAUGCGGGGCCAGAGCAAUGGGGUGCUUUGCAUUACCUUUGCAUGUUAUGGGCCUUCUUGGCCGAUAGGCUACGCGAUUGGCCGGUUGGUUGUGAGGCGCCUGCAGGCUGGCCUCGAGGCGGCGGCCAAGUUCGCGGUGUUUGACGGCGGCGGGAACAAGGUCACGUUCGGCUCGCUCUUUGCGGAGCAGAAGACGGUCGUGGUGUUCAUCCGCCAUUUCUUCUGCGGGUCCUGCAAGAUGUACGUUGAAGACCUGGCGCAGGUCCCCGCGGCGGCGCUCGCUGCUGCGGGCACCCGGAUUGUGCUGAUCGGGUGCGGCGACUGGGCGGCCAUCCAGGCGUACCACGAGAUGACAGGCUGGGCGGGCGCGAUCUACGCGGACCCGACGCGCGCGCUGUACACGCAUCUCGGGCUCGUCGACAACCUCAAGGUCACGCCCAAGGACAAGCCGCGGCCGGGCUACCUGAAGCUGUCGCGUCUGCAGAACACGCUCAACAGCAUCAAGACGGGCUACCUCGCGUACCCGGCGCUCGCGUUCAAGGCGGGGAAGGUGUCCCAGAACGGCGGCGACUUCGUCCUCGGCCCGGGCGUCCGCUGUGCGUUUGCACACCGGAUGCAGAACACGGAGGACCAUGUGGAAGUCGUGGAUCUAAUGAAGGCGGCCGGCGUUGACUAUGCGCCUUGA